GCUUUAUUUCAUGGCUAUACCCACAUAAUUAUUGCACGAUACAUUAACGGAAAGGGUUCUUUUUAAGUCUAUCUAGUUUGGGCAAUCCUUCUGUUGCAAUUCCAUCAUGGCUGGCUCACCUGCGACUGGCUCCAAGCCAGAGAAGACAAUGUCUUCACGUCUUCUUACAAUGAAAUUUAUGCAACGAGCUGCCGCUACAGCUGCCGCUAAAGAAUCGUCUCAGCCGCCUUCUACCGAAGGUUCAAACACUCCCACCCCAAAACGCCAAAGAGUCGCCCCCGGUGAACAACCUCAAAGUCCUGCAGCUACACCUUCAAAGGAUCUUGAGGCCAUCUCAGCUGCUCUUGCAGCAGAAGAAGAGAAACGCAGGGAAGCUAUUGCGCGUCAGGCUGCGGAAUCGGGCGAGACAGAAUGGGUCCUUGAUUUCGGUGCUGAAAGCCCUGUGAACCAAUAUGCCCCGCCGCCCUUCAUUGUCGCCGAUGCUUCUCUGGACGCUGAUGAUGACGAUGACUUGGCAUAUGGGGGGAGGCAGGCGUAUGGUAACUUUAAGCGGAAGAAAAAGACUGAGACACGCGUCGCGGGCGGUGAUGAGUCUGGUUCAGAGGAGGACGAGGAUGAAGACGAAGAUGACGUUGACUCUAUGAUCAACAAAGCCAAAGCGAAGGCCUCGAAACAGCCUCCGAAGGUGAAGCUCUCGAAAUUAACGAGUAUAUCUGGUGGACGUCAAGGUUCUGUUGGAGGCAGCAAGUCUCAGAAGAAGCGCAAACACAAAUAAGUAGUUCGGUCUAGUAAUUAUUCGCCAUCCUACGGGACACCACGAUGACAUUGCCCACGGCCUUCACGCCAGCAUCCAUAUACCCAAAGCGUGCGGCGUCUUCAUCAACAGGGGUACCACCGACUCCUUUGGAGCGGACUACGAAGAGAGACAUUGGGCAUACAUAUACUGCGCU